CUUUUUGGUAGUCAAAUACUCAAAAUUGAGUCUAAAUUUCGUGAAAUUAAAAAUAAUGGCUCGAAAUUUCGGGCCUUUGCCUCAGUUACUCAUCAUUCUCACAAUCGUCUCUCCUCCACUCUCUAUCACCAACGCACGAAUCAGACAAUCAAAUAUUUAAAAAAAUCGAUCUUUUGGUUGCUGAUUGAUUGUUACUUUCUCUCUCUAGAAAUCAGACGUCUAUGGCUAGCAGUGGCAAUGGAGGAGGAGGAGGUGGUGAGGAAGAAGUGAAGGAGUUAGCAGCUCAGUUGAGCAAAACCCUAAAAGAAGGGGAAAGAAUUCUCGCUCCCACAAGAAGACCAGACGGUACUCUCCGAAAGCCCAUUCGAAUUAGGGCUGGUUAUGUCCCCCAAGAUGAAGUCGCCAUUUACCAAUCCAAAGGAACUCUGUGGAAGAAGGAGAUGGCAUCAUCUCAGGAGAUGCCGCCGGGUUACGAUCCUGUUUUGGAUGCCAAACCCAAAACUAAAGCUGCUAAGAGGAAUGAAAGAAAGAAAGAGAGACGACUACAGCAGGCUACUCUUGACAAGGGUAAGAAUUUGGACAAGGAUGAAGUGUCGUCUGCUGAAGAUGGGAGUCAUGGAAUGGAGUCUUUUGAUUCAGUGGCAUCCCAGAUGAAUGAGCUCACAAUUUCUGCAGUUCCUACUGUAGUUAAGACUCCUUCAAACUCAACAGAGUGUUUAAUGCCUGCGGAUCCUGUUCCUGAUAUUGAUAAAAAGAUUCGAGCGCUAAAAAAGAAGAUUCGGCUUACUGAAGCUCUACAGCAGAAAACCGUGCAGCAAGAUAUGAAACCAGAACAGUUGGACAAGGUGGCUAAAUUAGAAGACUGGCGUGAGGAGUUGAAGCUCUUGGAAGAUCAGAAGGCUGAAUUGGCAGCAUCAUGAAUUGAGGUUUGUUUUAGGAAAAAGUAACUUAGCUGAAGAAACUGUGUUUUGUUUUAUGGUUGUUUGGUGGAGAGGCAUAGCAUUUUGGCAACAGAGGUUUAUUUUUCAAGAUUUUGUUUUAUCAGACCUGCUAUGCCAGAUGUACUUGUACGAUCGCAUGGUUCCAAAAAUUACACACUCAUUUCACCAAUUAUAGGGUACUACAAUUGAGUGCCCAUUCACACGCUCCUGUUUUGCGUUAGUGUCUCUUAUUUUAGAGUCUCUUUAGAAUUGUUCGAUUCUUGGUGGAAGACAUACAUAGGAGCUUCAGAUUUUUAAUUUUUUUUAUUGGGUCUAUGAGGGCAUUUCAAAACCUUGGAUAUAUUUUUGCAUCUUAAUUUGCAUCUCA